UGGACUAUUUUAUGGCAUAGUUCCCUUUGCCUUUCGCAAAAUAUAGAAAGAUAAAAAAAAACAUUUCAAUUAAUUAUUUUUAUAUUUAUUUCAUUUCAUCUUCGCCUGUCCAAAUUGGACCAAUUUUAAAACAAUUAUUUCAUUUCACCUCGUAUUUAUUUAGUUAUUCUUUAAAUUUGAUUUCUAUUAAUGCAUUAAUAAAGUACAGAAAGCCUACCCAUGUCUUCAAAAAUGUUAAUACGACCAUUUCAAUGGUCGAUAGGUUUUCUGCGACCACAUAAUGUGGAACAUACAAUGUCUGUUGGAAUUAAAUAUUUCGCACCUCCAAAAAACUAUGACGACAUUGAAAUACCUGAACGGCAAAGGCUUCGUGUAUUUGACAAAGUACCAAUGUAUCCUUCAAAUUUGAAACCACCAAAGAUGCAGAAACGACUAAGGUAUAUGAGAGGUCCUGAACCAUUACAUACUACACUACAACUGAAGCAGUAUGGUGUUGUUGCAACUGGUGGUGGCAGAUUGCGUUUCGAACAUUUUGAAAUGGCACGUCUGGUAGUUGCUCGAAAAUUAGACCAGAAAAGAAUGUUUGCCAUUUGGCGUGUAGAUCCGCCAUGGCAGCCUGUCACUAAAAAGGGACAGGGCCAGCGAAUGGGUGGUGGCAAAGGUGCUAUAGAUCAUUAUGUAACCCCUAUAAAGGCUGGCAGAGUCAUUUUAGAAGUUGCUGGCAAAUGUGAAUAUGCUGAGGUAUAUAAUAUGUUGAAAAUAGUAGCUGAAAGAUUACCAUUCAAAGCUGAAGCUGUAUCCCAAGAAAUAUUAGAAAAAAAAGCACUUGAAGAGAAAUGGAAAGAGGAAAAUAACCAGAAUCACUACACUAUGAAAUACAUUAUACAGAAUAAUAUGGGAGGUUGUCAUAGAAUGCUUUCACCAUUCGAUCAUGUAUGGCAUGGUAAAUAUUUAUAAAUAUUGUAUAUUAUUCGAUAUUAUGGAUAUGUUUAGUUCAAAUAUAAUAGUUAU